AUGGCCUCGGAUGAUACUUCCUCAAGCACCCCUACAUUGGAUGACGUCGACGAUUGUGUGACAAUCAGAGCAGUUGAUCGGUGUAACGUUUAUGCAAGCACAUGUGGUACGGAAGCAAGUAGGAAGAAGAGAGCCAAGACAUCAGCGGUGUGGUCAGAAUUUAGGGAGGUGGUUCUCUCUAGGGGUACAAAGAAGGCAGAGUGCAUUCACUAUAAAACCAAGCUGAAAAUGACUGCCAUUGGAAGCACUACCCAAUUCAAUAGACAUUUAAAGAGGUGUGCGAAGAGAAAAGAUUUCUUGAGGCAACAACAAAUAAAUUUUCCUGCCAGUUCUCAAGGUACCAAUACUAUCCUUCUUGCUCUACGAGGCCAGUUCAGUAUGCUUAAGAUAAGGGAGCUUAUUGCACAUUGGUUGAUGAUGCAUGAGCAUCCGUUUUCUGUUGUGAAUGAAAAGGGGUUGAACAAUAUGUUAAAGUACGGGAUUCCUGAAUGGAGUCUGAUUUCCCAUAAUACAUGCAAGAAUGAUUGUUUUAAAGUGUUUGAUAAUGAGAAGCAAAAGUUGAAGACCAUAUUGAAAGGUGUUAGGAAAAUAAGUCUAACCACAUAUCUAUGGAGUUUAGACAAUCAGAGGAUAGAAUACAUGGUGUUGACUGGGCAUUGGAUUGAUGAAAAUUGGAAGUUGAAUAGACGGGUCUUGAAUUUUGUUCAUUUCCCUCCUCCCCGUACUGGUGUUGCCAUUUCUGAUGUCAUUUUCAAGUGUUUGAUGGAGUGGGGAAUUGAAGCAAAGGUCCACACAAUCUCAGUGGACAAUGUUGCAAUCGAUGAUGUGGUAGUCAAGGUCUUAAGGGAAAAUUUCCAAGCUACGGGGAAGCUCAUGUGUGGGGGUAAGUUGUUUCAUGUUAGAUGUUGUGCACACAUCUUGAAUCUGGUUGUUCAAGAUGAUCUGUAUCAGAUUAGACAUAUUACAAAGGACAUCCGUGACAGCGUGGUAUAUAUAAAUUCGUCAGAGAGUAGGCUAAAGGUGUUUUCAGAGAUUGUUUUGCAGCGGAGAUUGCCAUUUCGCAAGCUUAUUUUUUAUUGCAAAACACGGUGGAAUUCAACAUAUGAUAUGUUGGCAACGACAAUCAAAUUUAAACGUUUUUUCCGUAGCUUUGAGGAGAGGGAUAUCAGUUAUCAGUAUUGUCCCAAGGAGGAGGAUUGGGACAAAGUAGAGAAAAUUUGUGAAAUUUUAAAGGUGUUCAGUGGUGCGACCAAUCUCAUAUCGGGGAGUGAUUAUCCAACAUCAAACCUGUUUCUAAAACAAGUUUGUUCAAUCAAGAUUAUGUUGGAUAGUAAGAGUGAACACGAAGAUGAAUUUAUAAGGACAUUGGUUUGGAAAAUGAAGCAAAAGUUUGACAUAUAUUGGGGGGAGUGUAAUUUGCUGAUGAUUGUGGCUACUGUAUUGGACACUAUACUCAAGAUGAGGGUGAUUCAGUGGGUGUUCCCUAAGAUGUAUCCUGAGGCUGAAGCGCAGGCAAAUAUUGUUAUUGUUUGGGAUGCCUUAUAUGAGGUCUAUGGGGAGUAUGUCGAUGCCAGUAGAGCAUUGACUGCUACCUGCGCUUCUACAUCUGAAGGGGAUGGACUUCAGGUAGUUGGUGAGGGGUCGGGGCCAGCGGUAGAUAGGCCAGAGGUUUGGGAUGGAUUCAGUGAGUUUUUGGAUGUGGUCAAGACGGUUGAGCCAACUAAAUUAGAGUUAGAUUGUUAUUUGGGAGAGGAGUGUCAUAAAUGUGUGGGGGAUCCUAUGGCUUUUGAUGCUUUAACAUGGUGGAAGACAAAUGCAACGAAGUUCCCUAUUUUGUCUACCAUGGCUCGUGACAUAUUAAUUAUUCCUAUCACUAUGGUUACUUCUGAGUUUGCUUUCAACGCUGGGAGUAGGGUUAUUGACACUUAUCAAUCGUCAUUGGCUCCUGACACUGUGGAAAUGUUUUUAUGUAGAUGCGAUUGGUGUCAAACUUUAAAUGGGGUCAAGAAAUGGUGCAAAGAAGAGUAG